AUCUGGCUUAUUUGCAAAGCAGAAGUCACUCGAAAAGGAUUAGCUAGCUUGCUAGCAGAAGAAAUCUCUUUAGAUGUUGGAAUUUGUGCUAAAUGAGCUGCUUUGAACAGCGCUGAUACACUGAGCGAGUGAUCGAGCUGAAACCCCAGCUGUUGCCAUGGCAAUCCUGUUUGCUGUGGUGGCUCGUGGAACCACCAUCCUGGCAAAGCAUGCUUGGUGUGGCGGCAACUUUCUGGAAGUGACUGAACAAAUUUUAGCCAAAAUCCCAUCAGAGAAUAACAAAUUGACCUACAGUCACGGCAGCUAUCUCUUUCAUUACAUCUGCCAUGACAGAAUCAUAUACCUGUGUAUCACUGAUGAUGACUUUGAGAGGUCACGCGCAUUCAGCUUCCUCAGUGAAGUCAAAAAGCGCUUCCAGACAACAUACGGGUCGCGAGCACAAACAGCCCUGCCUUACGCCAUGAACAGUGAAUUCUCCUCAACACUGGCGGCUCAGAUGAAACAUCAUUCAGACCCACGAGGAUCAGAUCGUGUCUCUGAGACUCAGAUGCAGGUGGAUGACCUGAAGGGUAUUAUGGUCCGCAACAUAGAUUUGGUGGCUCAGAGGGGAGAGAAGCUGGAGUUGCUGAUUGACAAGACAGAAAAUCUGGUUGAUUCAUCGGUGACAUUUAAGACCACAAGUCGUAACCUGGCACGAGCCAUGUGUAUGAAGAACCUCAAGCUGACUAUUGUCAUCGUGCUCGCGUGUCUGGUGGUCAUUUACAUUAUCGUUUCUGCUGCCUGUGGAGGCCUCAGCUGGCCCACUUGUGUCAAGUAAUGAGAUGAUAGUGGGGGUAAAAGAAAAGGAGAUGAAGGACAAAUGAAGAGGGGAUGGAGCACCUGUCCAACUCUGACAACCACUGGAUAAAAAAAGGACACAACUUUCCUUCCUUUACUCCUUUAGCGCCAACAUCCCUUGAAGACAUAUGCUGCUCCUCCUACUGCCUCCUUCUUCAUGCCCUCCUUUGAUAGUGUGCACAUUGACAUGUCCUCUGAACAGGCAGUCCUACGUCUUACCCACACUAAUGGACAGCAGCCUUGUGGCCUAAAACUGAUGUGGAACUGUAAUCUUGUCUUACAUUAGUCUCAUGACAUUCAUAUUGUUUUCAUGCACUUAGUGGCCUGAUGUAUCAGUUGGUGAUACUAUCCCAUACCCGCCUAUCUAAUGUAAUUAAUGACUGACUGAUACCUGGAAUAAACCACAAAGGUUGUCAACAAAGACCUAUGGGACCUGCAAGUAUAGGUAGCAUUUGCACUGUUUUGCAGAUUCAUCAAGGACUCCCACGUUAGUGUCUGGUUCUCUCUUAUGAAACUGAAAGCUAAUUUUUGACUAAACUAAUGCAUUAUAAGGUAUGAUUAAAGUGGCAUGUGUCUAACAAACCAAAUUUAUGGGGUCUCAUGAAACAGAUUUUCUUCAUGGUUUAUCACCAAACACAGAAGUAUAUUCUAAAAUGGAUGUUGUAAAAUACCAGAUGCGAUCAUAAAAAAUAAAUAUUGUAAAUUGGA